AUGAAGUUCCUCGAAUUCCCGGCCCUGGAAGAAGUCAACACCCUCCUGUCGUGCAUCGAGGCCGGCGACUCCAAAGCCUUUGGCCGAAUCGAGUCCUACUCCUGUAAAAACACCGGCGACGACAAAAAGCUGAAGCAGCACCUCCAGACAAAGUCCAUCACCGCCUUUUCGCUGUCGCCCAAGAUUUCAGCCCCCUCGCCCAAAUUGCUGGGUCUGUCGAUGUCGCCCCGGUCGCCGUUCGGCCCGUUGUCGCAGCCAACGUCCAGAAAGACACUCUUUUAUCUGCUGGCGACCUUGAAUGCAGCCUUCCCAGACUACGAUUUUAGCGAUGUCAAGCCUGAGUAUUUCACUCGCAUGCCAUCCUUCCAUGUGGUCGCCAACGAUGUGAACAUGUCGUUCUACAACCUGGGCAACGACAAGUUUGCCCAGGUCCUGACGCCAAAAAUCUGGUCCGCCAUCGAGCAAGUGAUUCCGCUUGCAGACUGCGAUAUCUACUCCUUCAACCCCGACCCCGACAUCGAGCCUGACGCUGAAGAAGGCAAUGUAUGGAGCUUCUACUACUUUUUCUACGACAAGAAGCUCAAGAGAAUCGUAUUUUUCACCUGCCGUGCUGUG